AUGUACAUUUUAAACCGGCCUUUUCGUGAAACGAGUAAAUUAAGUCUUUAUCUAUCUAUCUAUCUAUCUAUCCUAUCUAUCUAUCUAAGCUUUUCAGUUUAUAUCACGCAAAAAGUUUUUGUGGAUUUUUAUUUUCCGUUUUUUUUUUCCUUUUUCACCACAACUUUUUAUUUUUUUCUCUUUCGGUUCUUUCUUUCUGUCUUCAUUAAAACAUUUCUCCUCAUUGUUCAUAUAUUAUCAUCGACUUUUUCGUUUAUAAUUAUUUUCUUUCUUUCUUUCUUUCUUUCUUUCUUUCUUUCUUAUGUUUAUUUUUUAUAUUAUUUCUUCCUUUCUCUUUUUCUGAAAAUUUCUCUAUCGUUUUCCCUACAUUCUCCUUUUUCGUUUUCAUUUUCUUUCUUUCUUUCUUUCUUUCUUUCUUUCUUUCUUUCUUUCUUUCUUUCUGUUGUCUUAAAGUUUCACGAUUUUCUUUUCUCUGCCUUCUCACCCUAUUUUUCGUUUGCAUUCCAUCUUUGUUUCUUUCUUUUGUUUUUUACUUUCCCUAAAUUUUCUCUUUAUUUUACCCUUCUUUUCCUUCUCGUCUGUUUCGCUCUCAUUUUCUUUCUUUCUUUUCUCAUAGUUCUUUCUUUCUUUCUUUCUUUCUUUCUUUCUUUCUUUCUUUCCCUUUAUUUUCUCUAUAUUAUUUGUUCCUUUUCUCUUUCCCAGAAAUUUCAUUUUAUUUUCCCCGACACUGUCAUCAUCUGUCUCAUUUCUUUCUUUCUUUCUUUCUUUCUUUCUUUUUCUUUCUUUCUUUCUUUCUUUCUUUCUUUCUUUCUUUUAGUCUUUCUUUCUUUUAAACUAAUUCGUUUUUCAUUGGUUUCUUUCUUUCUUUCUUUCUUUCUUUCUUUCUUUCUUUCUAUUUUUAUUCCCAACAGAGAAAUUCUAGACUUUAUCAACCCACAUAAAUAUUCAGAAAAAAAAAUCCUUGCAUCGAAAGAAAUCUUUCAUAUUCAGCAAAGAUCAAAAGAAAUUGAAAAGAUGCAAUUCUCCAUCUAUCUAUCUAUCUAUCUAUCUAUCUAUCUAUCUAUCUAUCUUUUUUCUUAUUUCGCACUUUGUUAUUUCUUCCUUGACAUCCUUUUCUUCAUUGGCACCCGUUCUUUUUGGUUUUCUUUCUUUUUUUUUUCUUUCUUUCUUUCUUUCUUUCUUUCUUUCUUUCUUUCUGUAAUUUCUUUCUUUUUGCAAUUUCUUUCUGCAGGUUAUUUCUUCCUUGACAUCCUUUCUUCAUUGGCACCCGUUCUUUCUUUCUUUCUUUCUUUCUUUCUUUCUUUCUUUCUUUCUUUCUGUUAUUUCUUCCUUGACAUCCUUUCUUCAUUGGCACCCGUUCUUUCUUUCUUUCUUUCUUUCUUUUUUCUUUCUUUCUUUCUGCAAUUUCUUUCUGCAGGUUAUUUCUUCCUUGACAUCCUUUCUUCAUUGGCACCCGUUCUUUUUUUUCUUUCUUUUCUUUUCUUUUUUUUCUUUUCUUUCUUUCUUUUUGACAUCUUUUUCUUUCUUUCUUUUCUUUCUGCAAUUUCUUUCUUUUUCUGCAACGUCUUUCUUCUUUGA